AUGGAAUAUGUGCAUGUAAAGUUUAUUUCUGAUGGACUAAAGAGUCCAAACUGUCAGCUGCAGAUACUGAGUCUUGCUGUCUGUAAUCUCAUUGCUCAGUGUUGUGAGAGAUUGUCAUCAGCUCUACAAUCCUCAAACUGUGUCCUGAGAGAGCUGGAUCUGAGUAACAAUGACCUGCAGGACUCUGGUGUAAAGUUUAUUUCUGAUGGACUAAAGAGUCCAAACUGUCAGCUGCAGAUACUGAGUCUUGCUGGCUGUAAUCUCAUUGCUCAGUGUUGUGAGAGAUUGUCAUCAGCUCUACAAUCCUCAAACUGUGUCCUGAGAGAGCUGGAUCUGAGUAACAAUCACCUGCAGGACUCUGGUGUAAAGUUUGUUUCUGAUGGACUAAAGAGUCCAAACUGUCAGCUGCAGAUACUGAGUCUUGCUGGCUGUAAUCUCAUUGCUCAGUGUUGUGAGAGAUUGUCAUCAGCUCUACAAUCCUCAAACUGUGUCCUGAGAGAGCUGGAUCUGAGUAACAAUCACCUGCAGGACUCUGGUGUAAAGUUUGUUUCUGAUGGACUAAAGAGUCCAAACUGUCAGCUGCAGAUACUGAGUCUUGCUGGCUGUAAUCUCACUGCUCAGUGUUGUGAGAGAUUGUCAUCAGCUCUACAAUCCUCAAACUGUGUCCUGAGAGAGCUGGAUCUGAGUAACAAUCACCUGCAGGACUCUGGUGUAAAGUUUAUUUCUGAUGGACUGAAGAGUCCAAACUGUCAGCUGCAGACACUGAGUCUUGCUGGCUGUAAUCUCAUUGCUCAGUGUUGUGAGAGAUUGUCAUCAGCUCUACAAUCCUCAAACUGUGUCCUGAGAGAGCUGGAUCUGAGUAACAAUCGCCUGCAGGACUCUGGUGUAAAGUUUAUUUCUGAUGGACUAAAGAGUCCAAAUUGUCAGCUGCAGAUACUGAGUCUUGCUGGCUGUAAUCUCACUGCUCAGUGUUGUAAGAGAUUGGCAUCAGCUCUACAAUCAAGUCAAGUCAAGUCAUCUUUGUGUUCAAGUCAAAGAUAUCGCUGUAAAUGA